AUGCCCUCAGCUCUCUCCCUUCCCCGCACUAUUCACCGACGGCCAUUUUGGGCCCUCGCCGCCACCAUGCAGCACCACCGGCCACCAGACCGGUCGGGUUUGAACCGCUGUCACCCCAGCAGCCUUUUUCCAACGUCAGCCACCGCCGAAAUCCGCCGGAAAAAGCUCGGAUUCGCACCGGUUUUGACAGAAUUUCGCCGGCUUCGUUCUCCGUCUUCCGGCAGCCAUUUUUGGCGAUCCAGGUAUGGAAAUCCAUCUACUCCUCGAGCUCUAGCUGAUGGUUGA